UGGCAAAGCAAUCAGGAUGCUAAAGAGAACUGCAGGAUGCAUGGAGAAAAUAAGGAGGAGUGUUAUAACUUUAUUAAGGUUCUCCUGAAAAGAAAUGAUGAAACAUUGUUUGUUUGUGGCACAAAUGCCGUUACACCCUUCUGCAGGAACUAUAAGAUCUCUACUCUAGAGCCUGAAGAAAAGGUCAUCACAGGACAAGGAAGAUGCCCUUACCAUAAGCAAGAUUCCAAUAUUGCCCUGUUUGCAGAUGGCAAUCUGUAUUCUGCCACGGUGUCAGACUACAUGGGAAGAGAUGCAGUCAUAUACAGGAGCAUUGGAGACAGCCCAAAGCUGCGGACAUUCAAAGAUGAUUCGAGAUGGUUGAAGAAUCCUCACUUUGUCCAUGCUGUGGACUAUGGUAAUUAUAUCUACUUCUUCUUUCAUGAAGAAGCAGUCGAGUACUCUGGCUUGGAAAAGCUCUUUUUACCAAGAGUAGCUCGAGUUUGUAAGAAUGACAUGGGUGGAAAUGCAGAAUUCCUAGAAAACGAAUGGACUUCCUUCCUGAAGGCGCGGCUAGCUUGUUCCAUUCCUGGGGACAUACCCUUCCAUUUUAACACACUACAAGCAGUUACAGAUGUUGUUAAAUACCAUGGUCAGGAUGUGGUCAUAGCAGUCUUCACCACCCCUUCAAGCAGAAUCCCUGCAUCUGCAGUCUGUGCUUUUAGUCUUCCGGACAUUGAAAAAGUAUUUGAUGGGAGUUUCAAAGAACAGAAAACUCCACAUUCAAGAUGGACACCAGUUCCUGAUUCUAAAGUGCCAGUGCCCAGACCAGGUUCUUGUGCUGGCUCUGGUUCCCUUGAAGGGUACGCAUCAUCACAUGACAUUCCAAGGGACACGCUACAUUUUCUCAGGAAGCAUACCCUCAUGGAUAAAACAGUGGAAUCUUUUUCCCAUGAACCGUGGCAUCUUAGGACAAAUGCCAAGUAUUGGCAUGUCAAAAUUGCUGUGGACAAUGCUGCUGGGCCAAAUGGGGACCACACUGUUGUAUUCCUUGGAGCAACUGACGGAUGGGUUACAAAGUUCUUGGCCAGACCAGAAGGCAACAUUUUCAUAGAAUCUAUGAAGGUUUAUAGUUAUGAAAAGUGCAGUAGUGGACAACAGAGGGAUGCAAUAGUUGUGGACAUGAAGGUGGACAAGCCAAAUGAAGUACUUUAUGUCGCAUUUUCCCAUUGCAUCGUAAGGGUUCCUCUGGGCAGUUGUGAACGUCAUGGCCCAUGCAAAGAGUAA